AUGACUUCAUCCACAAAGAAGUGCUCAGGCGUUUCAAGUGACGAAAUUGUUGAUGUGUUCGGACAAAUGAAAGCGAACAUACCACCUGGUGUCGAGAUUGUAUACGAUGAUGAAUACAGUACUCAUGCGCAUGGAUUCUCAAAGUCCGCUGCAUUCUUACAGAUGCCAUUGGAAAAGCUCUUUCAAUUCUGUGACAUACCCCCUCUGUCUAAAUUCACCAUAUCAUUUGUGUAUAGACUGAACCCGGAAACAGUGGAGUCUGUAAACAGACAGUGUUUAUUUCAUCUUUUUCGGGACGACAAAACUCAAAUAUCAGUGCUCUACUACAAAAACAAGGUCAUUUUGAAAUAUGGUGGCAAACCACCGUUAAAAGAGAUCCGGCUUGCUCACAUAAACCAGGGUGACUCUAACCGGUGGCACAGCCUUCAUUUGCAUUUUAACCCGGAAGUCAUAUUCGUGAGCAUUGACUGUGAAAGAUCAUGGAUGCGGACUUGGCGUGGUUUUCUGUAUUUGCCUUUAGAGGUGAAGAAAUGGGACCUAAAUAUAGCAAACUGUGACGUCAAGGAGACCAAGUUUCAUGGACUUAUGAAAGACUUAAAGGUCCAGAUUGGGGAGUCAACUUCCUACGAAGAUUGUACACUUCCACGGUCACCAAGGAAACGGCACAGCCUGAUAGAAAUGCGUCUGCGCUCUGGCGAAUAUAACUGGAUAAAUUCAAAACCAAAACCAAAACUUGACUACCCAAAACCAGAGUACCCCAAAACUGUAUUCCCAAAAGCUGUAUACCCAAAAAACGAUGCAACAUAUAUUGCGGACAAGACAUUCAGCAUAGGUGACAAGGUAUGUUACUUCCAAAGCAGAGGGGACGUCUGGUUUGACGCGCAAACCAAGACAUUGAGGAUGUGCUACAGCGGACUGUGGGAGCCACGGCCUCCUGUCCAAGUAGUACCAAUGCCUUUCGCAACAAAUCUCCAAAAACCUCAAAGUCCCAAAGAAAAACUCGAUUACCCGGUAUGGCACCAGAACCUGCCAUCAGCGUCCCCUUUCGCCGAUCUGGAAGUCUUCACCAUAGAGAACGAGGGGUUAUUCAUGGUUGCUGCAGCCUAUAAAGACAACUUUCAAGGGAAGUUAGACUCGCCAAUUUACAAAUGGAUCAAAGGAAAAUUCGAACACUACCAAAACAUCUCAACCAAUUCAGCUAUGUGCUGGGAACACUUUAGCAUUGGAAAACAGUUUUUCCUUGCCGUUGCUAAUUUCGGCUACGCUCAUCGCGACAGUGCGAACGUGUCAGUCAUCUACAGAUGGGAUAAACACAAGAAACUCUUCCUGCAUCACCAGGAGAUUGCCACGUGGGCAGCACGUGAUAUUGAACACUUCACCAUUAGAAGGGAGCACUAUCUUGCCAUUGCGAAUCAUGGACGAAAAGAUAGCUUUUAUUUUCCCAAAAAUCCUACGUAUUAUCACUCGUACAAUGGAUCACUUGACUUUCUAUGUGUACGCAAUGGAAAACAAUCUUCUCGUACAAAUAUUCUGAAAAUCUAUUCAAAUCUCUUCAUUUUAGGACACGUCAAUAGCAUUCAUUCAGUGAUAUACAAAUGGAACAAAAAGAAGAGAAUGUUCAGUCAAUUUCAACCAAUUCGCACAUCCUCCGCGACGGACUGGACAUAUUUCAAGAUAAACCGUCAACACUUCCUGUUGGGUUCCAACUCUUUUGGUGGCUCAUCGACGCGGAUAAACUCGAUACUCUACGUAUGGAAAGGCAACACCUUUAUGUCAUACCAAAGGCUUCCGACGCGAGGCGCGAGUGACUGGGAAUAUUUCAAGUUUCAAAACGGGCACUACAUCGUCGUAGCAAAUGCUUUAGACACCGGGCCGCACCAGAAACUCAAGGUAGAUGCUUACAGAACAGAAUCAACGAUUUUCAGAUUCAAUCACGGAACGAAAGCCUUUGAAUCCUUCCAGAAUAUAACUACUAACAGCGCCACCGACUGGGAGUUUUUCACUCUGGGAGACGACUCCUUCCUCGUGCACACCAAUAUGCAGUUCAGCAAGGACGUGGUUGAUCACCGCAGCGUUAUCUAUCGGUGGCAGGGAAUUGAUGGAUUCGCACCAGUGCAUCGAAUGCUCACAGGAGCAACUUUUGACUGGGAGUCAUUCUCCGACAACGGGAUCAGUUAUUUGGUGUACGCUGAUGGAAAGGAGACUAUGUCCCGGGUGCUGAGAUUAAAAACCGUUUCAUAGACUAACAAUGGUUGAUUUGCGAUACUGAACUGCUGUGGAA